GGGAACCUUGCAGUAAAACAACGCCGCGAGUUAGGCUAGCCGUCAGAGGCAACAAAUACAGCCUCACGUUCAACAAACAAGAACAAAAUUUACAGAAUUUAGAAAAAUGACAAGUCACGCAACCGGUACUGAAGAUCAAUGCAGUCUGUUGCUAUGACGAAGCCUUGAAGAAUGCUCCUUUGUCACGUGCUGCAGCAUCAUUGACUUUACGGGAGGGUCUAGCAAUAGCAACGGAGCUCAGAGAAACUCGGCUGCAGAUUCAAGAGUGACCUGGAAGUGAAUUGUCUUUUAGAAAACCACACAGCCAACUGCAACGUGAAGCACUUCUAACGAGACGAAAAAAAGACGUUUUAAAAUGCGGUUACACUUGCUGAACAGAGUGACCUUGUUGGUCCAUAGGAUGCUUCAUACUUCAAGCAGUCUUCAGAGAGGUGUACAGUCUUAUACCAUGAAUGAAGGGCACUCUCCUUUGCACAUAAGUGAUGUGAGAAAUAAACUGAGAGAGAUUGUUGGAGUUUCUACAAACUGGAGUGAUCACCAGCAAGCUAUGAAAGAUAGAACCACUUUGAGUUCUUUACUUGCAAACCAACAGGAAGAUUUGCCUUCUCGUCGUAUAAAGGACAGCUACGUUGAGAUUCUCUUGCCUUUGGGAAGUCAGCCAAUAUUGCGAGAGAAAUAUCUCAACGUUCACAAUAGUGUAAGAUUUGGCAGGAUCCUUGAAGAUCUUGAUAGUAUAGGAGUUCUCAUUUGCUAUUCUCACACAAAAAGUGACAGUCAUCGCAGGUCUCCCUUGUCUAUUGUUACAGCUCUUGUUGAUAAAAUUGACAUGCGAAGAAAUAUUAUUCAUCCUGACUGUGACAUAAAAUUUACUGGAAAUGUCUCUUGGGUUGGAAAGACUUCUAUGGAAGUCAAAAUGCACAUGUUUCAGAACCAUAAUGAUAUAUAUAGUCCUGUCUUGGAUGCUACAUUUGUCAUGGUUGCUCGAGAUUCAGAAAACAAGAGGGCAGCUUUUGUAAAUCCAUUGAUAGUGGAAAGUCCAGAGGAGGAAGAAGUCUUUAAGCAAGGAGAAAUAAACAAAAAGAGAAGAAUUGAAAUUAGUACAGCAUCAUUACUAAAAGUGGCUCCCACAGCUGAUGAGAGAAAGAUCAUUCACAGUAUGUUUCUCAACACUUUAGACUCCAAGACAGUUAGCUUUCAGAGCCGAUUCUUGCCAGCAAAUUCAGUCUGGAUGGAAGAUGCCAAGCUGAAAGGACUUGAAAUUUGUCACCCACAGGAGCGCAACAUUUUUAAUAGAAUAUUUGGUGGCUUUCUAAUGAGAAAAGCGUAUGAAUUGGGAUGGGCAAAUGCUUGCACGUAUGGAGGAUCACGACCUUAUGUUGUAGCUGUGGAUGACAUCAUGUUCCAAAAACCAGUUGAAAUUGGAUCUCUGCUGUUCUUGUCCUCACAGGUUUGUUAUACGGAAGGAAACUACAUCCAGAUAAGAGUACACAGUGAAGUUUAUGAUGCAUCAUCUUCUCAUCACAGUACUACCAACAUUUUCCACUUUACUUUUUUUUCUGAGAAGGAGGUUCCACAAAUUGUACCCAAAACAUAUGGAGAGUCGAUGUUGUACUUGGAUGGAAAACGGCACUUCGAUUUGACAGUUAAAGGAGUUUCAACAAAUGGAAGCCCACCUGCUUAAACAGAGCUGCUGCUGCUGCUGAACACCCAGUGUAGAUUAUGGCCUUCAAGUGCUGUCUGUUUCUUUAAAGAAUUUACCUUAAAUGCCAUGAUAUGCCAUGAUAUGUUACGCUUCACAUGUUACAGUGCCAUUCGUUCAAAGCAGAUACUGCAAAAACCAAUGUUACAGUAAUUUUUAAAAACACACUUUAUUAUUAUUAUUUUUAAAAUAAUUUUAUUAUGAGAAAAAAAUUGAAUUGUUUAUUUUGUAUAUUUUUAGAGUUUCUAAUUGGUGAAGUAUUCAUUCAUCCUUUUUCAUAACCUCAGUCACUGAAGAGCUGAUGCUGUUGCCACAGCAUGGGGCAAAACUCCUUAGUAGGAUGUCUUUAUUUAUUAUGUACUGUAUUUAGUUUGAAAUACAGUAUUAUCGUACAGUCUAAGUCUAAAUACGUAAUUCUUAACAACAAACUCUUCAAGUGAGAUAAAGGGAGAGUGCACUGCUGUGGAAUGGACAGUCCAUAAAGCAGUAAAAAAAUAAAUCUGUUGAUUGACAGAUGUUUUCAAAAGCAACAGUGCCGUGAAAAGCAAUUGCACUUUAUGUACCGUAUGGACUUUAUUUUAAAUUUGGAUUGCAAUUGAUUUAUGCAUAAAGAGCAACUAGCAAAAUACCCGCGCUUCGCAGUGGCAAAGUACUGCUUUAAAAUUUUUAUUAAGAAGAAAAGUAAACCUUUUUAAACUGAGGGAAAAUAUACCAAUAAUUAUUUGUUAAGGAUCUCUUUGUAUACCACGUUGUCAGUUCGGCCCUCCGGUUGUAAUAUGACCAAGCUGUGUGCUGAGCUUACUCUUGAGCAUGCAACGUAUAGUUGGCCAUGUGAAAAGCAAUCUUGCCUCAAGUCAAUGCCAACCUUUUGUAGGGUCUGUCCCUGAGACUUAUUAAUUGUCAUUGCAAAGCAGAGCCUUACUGGAAAUUAGAGGCAUUUGAAUUGAAAUGGGUUUUACUUCGCAUCCAUCUUUUGAGAGUUUAAACAUUCAUAAACAUCAAAGUGUCCACUACUCACCUGUGAAUCUAAGAUGUUUAAGAGGCAUUGGCAGUUGUCCAAAGGUGUAAAAUAUUUGGCCAUUUCGGUACACUUGAAAGCGACAACCGAACAAUUCAGUGGCAGCCAUCAACUCACAUGCAGAACCAUAGGUGAAGGGCUUAAGCAUUUCACUCUUAUAGUGUUCCUGUGUAGUUUAAUUAUCUCCUGUACCGUCAUCAGUCCACACCUUGAACCUGUCCCAGUCAUUCAAUACAUAAGACACAAUGUUCCUCUGGAUAUCAAGAGUGAGCCUGAUAUGGCCCUGCAAUAUGUAACACAGAGACUGGAAAAGGCAGUCGCCAUCUCCGAGCAUAGAAACCACUCAGUAAGUGACAGUUCUUUGAUCAAUGGUGAUCACCUCGAUAGACAUGUUAAUGGGGGUACGGUUGGAACGAUAAAGGAAAUGGCUACCUGAACAAUGUAAACCAAGUCUAAAAUACCUACACAAUAACUAUAAUCGUAAUAAACGAACAAUAAAACAGCAGAGAAGCCGUGGAUUAAAUAAAAAAGCUGCAGUGAUCAGCAGGGAGACGUGAAUACCGUGGCGAAGCAAGGAAGGGAAUGAAGAGACCGGAGCGACGGACGGCCUUAUAUAGGCAGGCAGCCAACUACGUGGGAGGCGUAGGGAUGGGGGACCCAAUGCCGCCUCACAUGGCGACCAAGCUGCAGGCUAUGGACGUAUAUAUAUACGUAAGUAGGAUUCAGUUAGCGUUGGGAACCCGUGUACCAAAUUUCUUGAAGAUGGGCCCAUAACUAACAAAGACCGUUGGAAAGUUCAAUAUGGCGGCCAACAGUGGCGUCAUACCACCGAAAUAAGUAUGUACAUCGGUUUCAGUUAGUGCAGGGAAGCGGCCUACCAAAUUUUGUGAAGAUGGGGCCAUAAAUAAAAAAGUUUAACAUGGCGGACGUUGUCGACCGUUAUGACCGUUACGCGUAGAAUUUCGAAAUGAAACCUGCUUAACUUUUGUAAGUAAGCUGUAAGGAAUGAUCCGGCCAAAUUUCAGCCUUCUACCUACACGGGAAGUUGGAGAAUUAGUGAUGAGUGAGUCAGUGAGGGCUUUGCCUUUUAUUAGUAUAGAUGAAGAAGACAUGUGCUUCAUACAAUUUUGUGCAAAAGUCUUAUGACACCCAAGAAAGGUUUUAAACCUGCCUGUCUGUCGGGUUAGUGUUUAUCUCCUCACAGAAACUCCAUAUGACAUUCAAAUAAACACCAAUGCAGUAAAUAGUAA